ACAAAGUCAUUAUUGUAGGCCUGGACAAUGCAGGGAAGACUACAAUUCUUUACCAGUUUUCAAUGAACGAGGUGGUGCAUACCUCUCCUACAAUUGGAAGCAACGUGGAGGAGAUUGUUGUGAACAACACCCACUUCCUGAUGUGGGACAUCGGGGGCCAGGAGUCCCUUAGGUCAUCAUGGAAUACAUACUACACAAACACAGAGUUUGUUAUUGUGGUGGUCGACAGCACAGACAGAGAAAGAAUCUCUGUAACCAAAGAAGAGCUCUACAGAAUGCUAGCACACGAAGAUUUAAGGAAAGCAGGACUGUUGGUGUUCGCCAACAAACAGGAUGUGAAAGGUUGCAUGUCUGUGGCUGAGAUCUCCCAGAGCCUCCAACUAACGUCGGUCAAAGACCACCAAUGGCACAUCCAGGCCUGUUGUGCUCUUACGGGGGAGGGGUAAGGACUCUGUUCACGACUGUUGCGUUAAUAUAUUUAAGUUUACAUGAACAGAUUUGUACAUACUGUCUGUUUGUGUUUCUGUUUUAUUCUCUCCAUGUUUUAACAUCUCAGUGAUGCUCCCAAUGUCCUCCUUGCCCCCAGGUUGUGCCAGGGUCUUGAGUGGAUGAUGUCACGGCUGCGUGUGAGAU